GAAUUUCAAGAUGAGAGGAUGCUUCUGAACACCAUUUGCAUCUUUGAUUAUUGACGUUCCAUCAUUUCCUCAGCUUCUUUUGUGAUCUCGCAUCGCAUCAAUGGCAAAACACUCAAGCUUGGCUGGUCGUAGUCCAGUUCGAGUCGUCGUCGUCGGUGACCGAGGCACCGGAAAAUCAAGCCUUAUAAAUGCUAUGGCAUCGGAGUCAUUCCCCGAUGCCGUUCCGCCGGUGCUUCCGCCCACUUUCUUGCCGGCGGACUUGUACCCCGACAACGUUCCUCUUAGCGUCAUUGACACAUCAUCCAGCUUGGAAAAACAAAGCAAGCGCAAUGAAGAAUUGAAAGGAGCGGAUGUCGUGGUUUUAACUUAUGCUUGCAAUGAGCCAACGAGCUUUUCGCGAUUGAGUUCUUACUGGUUCCCGGAACUGCAGAAGUUGGAGGUGAAAGCACCUAUAAUUGUGGUUGGUUGCAAGCUAGAUUUACGAGAUGAAAGUCAGGAAGUGAGCAUAGAGCGUAUCAUGACACAGCUCCUACAACAGUUCAAGGAAAUUGUCUCCUGCAUUGAAUGCUCUGCUGCUACACUAUACCAGGUUCCUGAAGUUUUUUAUUUUGCUCAAAAAGCGGUACUGCAUCCAGUAGAUCCCUUAUUUGAUCAUGAAAGUCAAGCUUUGACAGAUCGAUGUGUUAGGGCAUUGAGAAGAAUAUUUGUUCUUUUUGAUCGUGACAUGGAUGAUGCCCUCAAUGAUGCUGAACUAAAUGAGUUUCAGGUUAGAUGUUUCAAUGCACCAUUGCAGUCAUCUGAAAUAGCAGGGGUCAAAACUGUUGUACAGCAGAAAGUACCUGAAGGAGUCAACUCACUUGGUCUUACUUUUCCAGGGUUUAUUUAUAUCCAUAAUAUGUUCCUAAGGAAAGGGCGUCCAGAGACAUUAUGGGCUGUUCUAAGAAACUUUGGAUAUGAUAAUGAUUUAAAACUCCAGGAUGAUUUUCUUCCAGUUCCAUCAAAGAAUUCUUCUGAUCAGAGUGUGGAGCUGACUGGUGAAGCUGUAGAGUUUCUAAAUGGUAUCUUCCGACUGUUAGACAUGGAUAAAGAUCGAGCCCUACGACCUGCUGAAAUUGAUAAGCUAUUUUGUACUGCUCCAGAAAGUCCAUGGAAUGAUGUUCCAUAUAUGGAUGCUGCUGAGAGAACUGACAUGGGUUACAUAUCUCUUAAUGGAUUUCUGUGCCAGUGGGCCCUUAUGACAUUACUUGAUCCAUCAUAUAGCCUGGCUAAUCUGAUUUACAUUGGAUAUAGUGGUAAUCCUGCUGCAGCACUCCGUGUUACUCGCAGAAGAUCAGUAGAUCGUAAGAAGCAAGCAACAGAAAGGAAUGUAUUCCAAUGCUACGUUUUUGGUUCUAAAAAUUCCGGGAAAUCUGCUCUGCUAGAUUCGUUAUUGGGAAGGCCUUUCUCAAAUAGUUAUACUCCGACAACGGUUGAGAAGUUUGCUGCAAAUGCCAUUGAAUUAAUGGGGGGAACUAGGAAAACUCUUGUAUUGCGGGAGAUACCAGAGGGUGAAGUAUCGAAAGUUUUGUCAAAUCAGGAUUAUUUGGCAGAUUGUGAUGUAGCUGUUUUUGUGUACGACAGCUCAGAUGCACAUUCAUGGAAGAAAUCCAGAGAUUUGCUUGAGAAGGUUGCGCGACAAGGAGAUCUAACUGGUCAUAGAGUUCCUUGUCUCCUUAUUGCUGCUAAGGAUGAUUUAACUCCAUAUCCAAGGGCGGUACAAGAUUCAGUUAAGGUUACUCAAGAAUUGGGAAUAGAGGCACCUAUUCACGUAAGUAUGAAAUUAGGUGAUUCCAGUAACGUGUACAACAAGAUUGUUAGUGCUGCAGAACACCCUCAUUUAAGCAUUCCAGAAACUGAGAUUGGGAGGAAAAGGAAGCAAUACCAUCGGCUUCUUCAGCACUCUCUUAUUUUUGCCUCAGUUGGGACUGCUAUGGCAGUUGUUGCUUUGGCUGCAUGUCGUGCAUAUGCAGCGAAGAAGAAUUCUACUGCUUAGUCAUCGUGCAACUUUAUGCUAACAGUGCUGACUUAAAAAUUUAACUGUUGAAUUCUUGCUCAGUAUUGUGCACCCCAACCUUACUGGGCAACCUAAAGUUAGAAUAUAUUUUAUGUAUAGUAAUCACUAAUUUUUUUUUGGUUGCGAUGAUGGCUUGUUAUAUAGCUUCCCAAAUAUGAUUGUGCUCCAUUUUUUUAUUUGUUUAAUUUUCA